AUGAGUAAUAGCCUCAAAGUGCCUGAAAAUGAAGUAGAAACCAAAGUUGACAUUGUGUCUAAACAUGAACAGGCAGUCCAGCCGUUUGAAAAAAAUUCAACAAACAUGUCAGAUGAUCCAGUUCCUAAAACCGAAGAAGUACAGGGAGGGGUAUUAAAUCAAGCAGAUGAUAUGCAAACAUCGAUAACAUAUGAACCUAUGACUUUAAAUUAUAAUGAGAUGUUACCAGGAAUGAUCACAGAUUCAAGUCAGUUAUCUUCAUUUGGAGCUGAUGCUCUAUUUGAUACAGCAGAAGCUGCUGCUUUUCAGUUACCAUCUUUUACACUAGCAAUGGAAACUGCAGAGCACCAAACUGGAAAAAAUAAUCAGAGCAAAGUUCUGGAAAAUUCAGCUGACAGCAAAUCAAACAAAUGUGGAGCCAGCAGUUCAGGUGCUACAGAGAAAGAAAUAAAGCAAAGCAAAAAACUCAAUAAAAGCAGCAAGAUACUAGAAAGUAGUUCAAGUGAAGAUGGACAGGAAACCGAGAGUUCUGGUAAAUUCAAUAUUGCAUCAAGGAAGACAUGGUCUCAAGAUGACAAAAUGUGUGAUAUGCUAAAUAUUGUUGAAAUGAUAACUAAUCCUGUAAUAACUGAGAACAAUUUCUUAUCUGAAGACUCUAGUAGUGCAUCAUCUUCUUGUGAAACUAAUAAUGCUGCUGCAAAUAGAACUGAUUCAUCUGAACCUAAAGAUAGUGAACUUGGACGCUUACAUGCAAUCUUGGAAGCUAAAGGAAUACCACUUUCAGUAUUUGGAGCUUUGGGACAUCGUAUGCUAUUCCAGAGAUCAAUGAGCAGUGCUUCAAAUGCGCGUGUGCAACAAUUACUUCAAGGGCUUCAAGCAGAUGGCGACGAAGGCCAACAACUGCAAGCAGUUAUUGAAAUGUGUCAGCUGUUAGUGAUGGGUAAUGAAGAUACUUUAGCAGGAUUUCCAGUGAAGCAAGUUGUGCCUGUUCUGAUAAAACUUCUGGAAAUGGAACAUAAUUUUGAAAUGAUGAAUCAUGCUUGUCGAGCUUUGGCUUACUUAAUGGAGGCUCUGCCUAGAUCGUCAUCUGUAGUCAUUGAAGCUGUCCCUGUUCUCCUAAAUAAAAUUCAGGUCAUCCAGUGCAUGGAUGUAGCUGAACAAUCUUUAACAGCUUUAGAAAUGCUAUCAAAAUGGCAUAAUAAAGCCGUACUUCAUGCCAAAGGUAUAGAAAUCUGUCUCAUGUUUUUUGACUUUUUCUCUCAGAAUGCACAAAGAGCUGCAUUUGCCAUAAUAGCUAAUUGUUGCCAAAAUAUUUUGUAUGAUGAAUUUAACCUAGUCAGCAGUUCAUUACCUCAGUUAAGUGGGUGGCUUAUGCUUUCAGAUUCUAAGUGUGUUGAAAGUCUGUGUUUAGCUUUUUCACGAUUGGUUGAUUGUAUGAAAAGUCAACCUAGUCACUUGUCUGAAAUUGCAAGUCUUGAAAUGUUAUUUAAUGUUAAGCAGUUACUAUCUGUAUCACCUUGUGUACUGAGUUCAAGAACAUUUGCUUCUGUUGUGCGAAUGCUUUCCCAGAUAUCUGCUGCUUCAUCAGAGCUUUCAGUUUUGCUUAUGAAACAAAAUAUUUCUGAAACAUUACGCUUUUUAUUAAUUGGUACAUCCAACUGUGAUAAUGGCAUAGAAUUAGUACCUAGAAGUGCUCAAGAAAUGUUUGAAAUAGCAUCAUUAAUUUGUGAACUUAUGCCAUCAUUACCUCAAGAUGGCUUAUUUGCUAUAGAUUCGCAAAUUGCAAAGCCAAAAAAUAAUAAACAAGGAUCUGUUGUGUGGCAGUGGAGGGAUAGCACGGGGCUGUGGUAUUCAUAUUCUCGUAAUGAUUGUAAAGCUAUUGAGUCUGCAUACCUUCAAGGUAAAAAUAGUCUUAAGCUUGGUGAAGGUAAAAAUAGUUCUUGGACUAUAGAUUUACAUACAAUGCAGCAGCAUAAUGAAGACUCUAGCUUUAUAAGGCCUGUUCGACGAUAUAUUAAUGUUUCUCAAGCUGCAUCUUGUCUUGAAAAUGAAAAGAAUGAUUUACCCAAAGUAGAUCAUUUUAAAGAAAAUGCUGAUUUAGUUGCUUCAUGUAUCAAAGAAUUGUUUCCUAUUUUGUAUGAAGUAUAUUCUAGCUCCUCUGAACCUGCUGUGAAACAUAAAUGUCUAGCAACCAUAGUUCGAAUGAUAUAUUUUGCACCAUCAAAUAUUCUUGAACUUGUUUUGAAUAAUCAGUUAGUUGCCAAACAUAUUGCUGCAUUACUUGCAUCCCCAGAUUUUAGACUGGUGAAAAAAGCUCUCCAGAUAUCAGAAAUAUUAAUGGAAAAACUUCCUUCUGUGUUUGGAGUUCAUUUUAUUAGGGAAGGUGUGAUAUAUGAGAUAAAGGCUCUUGUUGACAAGGAUUUCAACUUUGAAACUCAAGAUUCAUCCAAUUUUAAUUCAUCUUUUUUGAAAUCAUAUCCUCAGAUAUCUGCAAGUAAUGCAAGUCUUGAAUAUUCUUUGGCUGCCACACGAGCUCGUAAUUCUGUGCGUGUAGCUGGAACUGAAGUUGCAGCUUCUUCAGAAAAAUUAGUUAGAGAUGAUGGACCUAGCAGCAGUAAAUCAUCUAAAGUGACUUCCAUGAAAAAAACUGAUUUGAUUCCAAAACAAUUCGAUUCUUGUUGUAAAGAAGCCCAUACAACUAACAGGUCUGCAUUACCACUUAAUUCUGAAUUGAAAAAGAAAAUUGGUACUUGGAUUAAAGAACAAGCUAAAAGUUUUAAAGAAAAAUUUUUCAGUGUAGAAAAGCUUCUGUCAUUAGAUCCUGCUAUAAAUGUUCUAAAUCAGUUAACUUCUGCUGCAAAUGAAUUGGCAGCUGUUGACUGUGGAGCACUAAGAGCACUUGAAAUAAUUCGUGGUAUAAUAACUGAUAGUGAUAUAUCUUCAUUUGAACUUAUUCACAGUGGAUUGAUAAAUAAGCUGUUUGAAUAUCUCACAGCUUCAACUGAUGCAGGUGUAAUUAAACACUCUAAGGAAGAUAAUUUAAAGUAUUUCCUGCAUGUUUUUAUAGGGAGUCCACUUUCAUCUGAUUCAGAUUUUAAAGAAAAACAUUUAAAUUCUUCACCCUUAUUUGCUUUGGUUUCUAAGUUAAAUGCAUGUGUGAGUCAUUUAGAACAAUUUCCUGUUGAUCAACCUUAUAAUAUUUUAUCUGGAAAACAAGGAACAAACAGUUUUAGAAUCUUUAAUAUGGGUCAGUUUAAAUGCCUUUUCCAAAGGCAUCAUAGUUGUUCAAAUUUGCGACAGUGGCAUAAUGGUCCAGUAAUGAUCGAGCCUCUGGCUUUAAUUUACAAUAUUAAUAGAUACUUAGAAAAUCGAGGCUAUGCUGUGUUGCAGAAUGAUAAGGAGAGUGUUUAUGAUGAAGUAGAUGAUGAUUUGAGUGAUCCUAGUUUUGAUGAUAGUUCAGAUGAAGAGGUGGGUAGCAUUGUUGUUCGUGUAGAAGAAGAGCGUAGAGCUCCUAAAUUGCAAUUCUUAAUUGGAAAUAAUGUGCUUCCUUAUGAUAUGACAAUAUAUCGUGCUAUUCGACAAUAUGGUUAUAUUGAAAAUAUCAAUAAUGAUGGUCAAGAAUUUGAUUCUGAAAGUGUACCAAGUACUUCAGACAUGUGGCUCAGAACUUAUACCAUUUGGUAUAGGCCAGUUCCAUUAGAAUCUGAGGAAAACACCGAUGAAACGAAAAUUACAACUCGAAGUAAAAGUGAUAAAAAAAAGACAUCUAGCUCUCGUAAUUCAAAAAAGGGAGCAUCUGAAAGAGAAACAGCUGUAAAAGUAGAAAAAGAUCCUCUUUGGGAUGAUGGCAUUGUGCCUGAAGUUUCUUCUUCAUCACUUAUUUCAAAUUUACAUAAAACUGAUCUAACUCAAGAUCCAUCUUUAGACGUUAUGUAUUUGCUUAAAGUCGUGCAUUAUUUAAAUUGCCAUUGGGGUUUCCUAUGUCAGAUGAGCUCAUGGGGCCCUGCAGUUUCAAAUUCUGUAUUCAUUAACUUCUAA